AUGGGGAAAACCUUAGAAAAGGUCAAGACUUUAUCAUCCAAUCGAAAACACCCCCAAGCCGACAGCGAUCCUGGCUCAUGUACCACUCAACCGGACAUUGUUGGCCAGAGAGGUGACGCGUUGCUACAACAGGAGCCAUUUGAGGCCGACUGCAUGCCAACACCUUCAGGUACUUGGCCCAUGAGUGAGCCCAGAGCCGCACGGGAGUUAGUGAGCGUGAACCGUCACACGCGCAGCUUCGAGUUCUAUGGGAGUUCAAGUUCAGUUGCGCUGCUGGUACGGAUGGGAGAUACCGGUGACCCGAAAAUCGGGCUUCCAUGUGAAGACGAAGAAGUGCUAGUUUCCGCCCUUCACAAUCCAGCCUUCUCUCCAGGACCAACUGAGGCACUUGUACCAGCAGCAGAGACCGGCACAAGUGCGCAAUCAGUAUCCGUAUCAAAUUGUCGACUCUUUGUGGACAGCUUCUUUGCGACGAUACAUUAUAUCCACCCUAUUCUAGAUAAGUCCGCAUUUCUCGAGAAUUGUGAGCUUCUAUGGGCAGGUAACACGCUGUCACUCAGCCAAAACUUUGUUGCACUCUAUUACAGCAUUCUGUCUUUGGGUGCGCUUCUGAGGCCCAAAGAGGAAGAGCUCCAUGGCAGUAUGGGCAAUAUGCGACAGAGCAGGAAGCUUUUUGAGGAGGCUCGAAGACGCUCAAAUCCCUGCAUGGUGAUGGACCUCGAAUUGGUCCAAUGUAAUUUCUUCCUGGCAUGCCAACCCUCCCCCCAUUUAGACCGCAUGUCAUUUUCUGACUAG